AUGCUCUUAUUUUGGGCUGGCAACUUUCAAGCCGCUCGGUGGAAGGGCCAGCCAGUACUUUUCUCCUUUGAGGGAGCUCACAACAGCUUGCACGGGCACGGCCACGGUCAUCAUACCUUUCUCGACCAAAACUAUCAGAAUAUUCGUGAGCUUCGCGCUGGAAACCAUAUGCUCUCGGAUAAACAUGAGUUCAUAGUCCUCAACGAAACUACGGCUCUCUUUCAGAUUUACCAACCUGUGCAGAAGAAUCUGAGGCGCUACGGUGGUACUGAUAAGCAGACUUGGAUCGUUGAUGCCCGCUUCCAGGAAAUGGAUAUCGAGUCUGGAGAGGUCCUGUUUGAGUGGGCAAGCUUAGAUCACGUUUCACCCGACGAAACAGCACUACCACUGCCUUUGGGACAGGCUGGAAUCGGCCACAACAGCUCCACGGCAUGGGACUAUUUCCACAUAAAUUCCAUUACCAAAGGAGACGAUGGUCAUUACCUGCUCUCGGCCAGACACGCCUCGACUAUCUACAAGAUCAAUGGCACUGAUGGGUCCAUUAUAUGGCGCCUCGGGGGGCGUUUCUCCGACUUUACCCUUGGUGAUAACGUUACCUUUGGCUUUCAGCAUCACGCACGCUAUCUAAAGGGCGGGUCAGGGGAGUCAACUGAAAUCAUUUCGCUCUUCGACAACUCCGUUUAUGGGUCGGAAUCGGCUGGUGGUGGCGACAAGGAGGUUCACCUAUAUCCAUACUCGCGUGGCAAAUAUAUCAAGCUUGACCAUGCUGCACACACUGCUACUCUUGAGCUCGCCUUCCUCCCGCCACAGGGUCCUAUACUCUCAAAAUCACAAGGGUCUUUGCAGACUUUGCCAAAUGGGAAUGCUUUGAUCAAUUGGGGCUCUGAAGGUCAGAUCACCGAGUACUCUUCCAACGGCGAGUCUGUCUUUCAUGCGUUCCUCGAUAGUGGCUUACUGCAGGAUAAACUUCAAAAUUAUCGCGCGUUCCGCUAUAACUGGACAGGCUACUCACCAGAGACGUUGGUGGUGCUUGCUGAGGAGGGUGAGGCCGGGGAAGUGAAUGCUUAUGUGAGUUGGAACGGUGAUACACACACGGUAGCCUGGAGAGUGUCUUGGAGCGAGCGAAUUGGUUGGGUAACGAUUAGAAAGACGCAAACCCACCCAAAGUCUGGCUUUGAAACAGUAAUCAAGCUGACCAAGGCCUCUUCCUCUAUGGGUCCAGUCUUUGUCGAAGCCUUGGGUGCAGACGGGCAAGUUCUGCAGGCUUCUAAGAGUAUACGCACCGAGCUGGCUUACUGGCUAGAACCGGAGGCCGUUGAGUCAACAAAGCCUCAGAAGCAGGUAACGUUGAAUGCGGACCUGUGA